AUGGAUAGAGAUAGAGAACGUUCUGGUUCUAUAAACUGUCCACCUUUUUUUGAUGGGAAUGAUUAUUCUCAGUGGAAAAUUAUGAUGCAAGCCUUCUUACAUUCACAGGAUGAACAUAUCUGGAAUAUUGUUGAACUUGGGUGGGAGGUUCCCACAAAGGAAACUAAGUCUAAAGAGAGUGAGAGUUCUGCUUCCAUAAAAGAACCUAAGUCUAGGCAAGAUUGGUCUAUAGCUGAAGUGCGUGAUUUUAACAAUGAUGUUAAAGCACGGCACAGCUUGUAUACGGCUCUUUCUAUGAAAGAAAAGAAGCGUAUUGGAACCUGUAAGACUGCGAAGAAGGCAUGGGAUCUUCUUCAAAUGACUUAUGAAGGAAACAAGAAAGUUAGGACUCAGAAACUUCAGAAAUUAAUUUCUGAGUUUGAGACAAUGACUAUGGGAGAUGAUGAGUCGAUUGAUGAUUUUCAUUCUAGGCUUAUAAAUGUGACGAAUGAGUGUGAUAGUCUUGGUGAUCCUAUUGCUGAGAAUAGGAUUGUAAAGAAAUUCCUUAGGUCCUUACCUUUGAGUUUUCAAAAUAAACAAACUGCCAUUGAAGAAGUUCAGGAUUUAGAUACCUAUACCUUAGAUGAACUUCUUGGGAAUCUUCAAACUUUUGAAAUGAAAAUCAGGCCAGAUAAGAAAGUAAAAACCAUUGCCUUGAAUGCUGUUAGGAAAGUGGAUGAAAAGCCAAAAGAGUUAGUAAAGGAAAAGGAUAGUGACUCCGAUUUUACUGCUGAAGACUUUGCUCUCUUAACCAAACAUUACAAAAAGUUUUUAAGAUCUGGUAAUUCGUUUCAAAAUUCCAAGAACUUCUCUGGGUCUAGUUCUAGGAGAAAUAUGAGCGGUGACUAUUCUUCUGAAAAAGACACUAAAGCUAGGUUUACCUAUAAGAAACCUUCUGUUGAUAAACCUAAGUGUUUUGAGUGUCAGGGUUUCGGACAUCUUGCGGCAGAUUGUGGAAAUAAGAGAUUCAAGGCUCAUUCAAAUAAGGCUAUGAACACAACCUGGAGUGACUCUGAGUCUGACACUCAAUCUGAGUGUGGUGAAGACAACGUUGCCUUAACUGCUGCUCUUCAUCCUUCAUCCUCAUGUGAGUAUGAAGAAAAGGAUCUUGAUGAUGAAGAAACAAAUGAUCAAGCCAUGGCUGACAAAUACCAAGAAAUGUGUAGAGCCUCGACCAAAAUGUUGAAGCUAAAUCAAUCCUUGAGUGAAAAACUUUGUCUGGUAGAACAAGAAAAGGAAGGGAUUGCUAAGCACCUGCAAUCCUGCACAAAAAACUGGGAGAUCGAGAAGUCAGUGUAUGUUGGGCGUAUAAAGAGCUUACAAGAUAAUUUGGAUACUCAAAUUAGUCUUGUUAACUCCUUGUCUUCUGAAAAACUGAGCCUAGAACUUUCUUUGAAAGAAUCUCAAGAAAAAUUUUUAAAGUUUUCAAUAAGUUCUGACAAAGUUUCAAAAAUGAUAGGCAUUGGAAAAGUUGGAGGGGACAAGAAGGGAAUAGGAUUCUCUGACAGCACUUCUUUCAAGGACUCAAAACCCAUCAGAAGCUCUGGUACUAGAAGAUAUGUUGGAAUUCGCUAG